CCUCCACUACAUAUAUACCGAUAUUACGUUAAACAUGCAAACUCCUCACUUCCCCACCAUUGAUAACAACAAAAUAAAUGGCCUGUAUAGCGGUCGGUGACACGAUUCCCGAUGGCACUUUCUCUUAUGUUGAUGAGGCUGAUCAGAUUCUAAACGUGUCCGUACACUCCCUUGCUGCCGGUAAACAGGUCAUUCUCUUUGGAGUUCCCGGUGCUUUUACUCCCACAUGCAGCUUGAAGCAUGUUCCAGGUUUCAUUGAAAAAGCAGAGGAGCUGAAGUCGAAAGGCAUUAGUGAGAUUUUCUUGAUCAGUGUUAAUGACCCAUAUGUAAUGAAGGCAUGGGCAAAGUCAUAUCCUGAAAACAAGCAUGUCAAGUUUUUCUCUGAUAGCUCAGCAGCUUACAUCAAAACUCUUGGUCUUGUGCUCGACGUCUCUGACAGAGGAUUUGGGAUUCGCUCGCAGAGGUUUGCUGUCCUGAUUGAUGAUCUAAAAGUGAAAGUUGCUAAUGUGGAAUCUGGUGGACAGUUCAAAGUUUCCAGUGCUGAAGACAUGCUCCAGGCUCUCUGA